AUGGCUUCCAGUUUGCAGCAAUGGGAAGCCGAUCCUCUCUUCUCAGCAGCCGAAGUUGUUCAAGAUUCUGCCGACAGGAUGGACUCAUUGUUUCGCCUGCUUCUACACGACCAAUCCUUGCUUCAAGAGGAUCAUUCUGAUCCAAGGCUGCUCGCCACAAUAGAUUACCAUAGGCGGGAUCUCGUGACUAUUCUCGAAACAGCAAAGUGGCAGUUGGAAGAUUUCGAAAGAGCAGUCAACACUUCAGCCAUGUCAGACAAGUCUCAAUCGAAGGAGGAUGUGGUAGCUAGGCAUAGGCAGUUCAUUACUGCAAUUAGGGAGCAAAUAAAGCUUGUCGAGGAAAGAAUAGAGGGUCCUUCGAUGAGGAAAAACGCGUGGGUGAAUUUGAAUGACCAGGACAGGGAUGGAUUGGCUUUGUUUCUUGAUCCAACUUCAGCAUUGAGUUUAACAGGUGAUGAGAUUGUUGAGCAAGAAAAGAUCGAGAAGAUACAAAUGAAUGGACAUGUAUAUGGACACCAUUGUCUUGUGAACGGAGAUACACAUAAAGAGAUCUCCAGUGAUAGGGAUUGCAAUAUUGAGGGGAAGUGGGACCUGGAAGCUAGUGAAGCAGCACCAUCCAGAAAUAUAUUCCAUGAAAACAUGCUGAGAGCAGUAACCAGUAGAGUUAAUUUGAGAUUCUUGAGAAAUUUCUGGACCAUUUAUGGGAACAAAGGCAGCAGAAGCCAUACAAAGAGGUUGAAAGAUGGGGAAGAUCAAAUCAAUUCCCUAACACCCUUCGAUGAUUCCCCUUAUGUUCAGGGCCAAUUAGGAUGUGGAUUUGAAAGCUUCCAAGUUCUAAUUUCUAGGUUUCAGGCUAAUGCGGUACGGUUGAGUAGCAAUCUUGGAGUAAGAUAUCAAGUGUUGCCUUCUCAUGUUCAAGUAAACCGACAUUCAGUGCAAAUGGUGUUGACAAUGAUCUUUGCCCUCAUAUUUUUGGGUAUACUGGUCUUUAGAAUUGCUUGACCAAAGAAUUCAUUGGUUAUAAGCUCAACUGCAGCAUAAUUAAGCCGUUAAUAUUGCUGAGGUGCAUGCUGGUGAAAGUACAUCCAGAGUGUACCAAAUUCCUCUUCGGAUGAUGCCCUUGGAAGCAUGUAACAAUCUCCAGGAAGUGGAAUAUUAAUUCAUCAUCAGCAUCGGAUAUAAGUACAGAACACGAAAUCCUAGGACUAGCCUGAUGUUACUUCUGCAUGCAACCUUUUGCAGCCACAUUGUAUGAUCAGAUUUAGCCCCAUGGUGCAAGUUCUGAUGAAUGUCAACAAAGUCUACCUGUUAUGUGAAGAACCAAAUUGUUAAUUGAGAUUUUGAAAGUGUUGUGAAGAGACAAAUUGUUAAUGGUGUGCUGACAUUUGUUGUUUCACUUUUUUACUGCACUGCAGAGGAUGGUUGUC